GAAACAAACCGGAUAAUACACAUCUCGUGGAGAAGUAUCCUGCGCUGCCUUCGCUGUCUGACACGACAACGCUGCCAGCACGAUGCUCUGAUUAUUCCUCACACAACGGGUUCAUGUGCGACUUUCGCUUGAAAAGCGAAAAAGUUCUUCGCGGUAAAGACGCGCGUAGUUUGCAGAUACCAAUUGCAGGGUGCAAGACUUUCGUCGUUACUAUCAUUACGAGAGCAAUUGAUCUGCGUGACCUGUUUGAGAAACUUCCACGUUUGCUGGGGAAACCUAAACCAAAUGUAUCCCCUCAAGAGACAAAUCAGCUGAAAACUGGGCAGUUGGGAGGCAGCCAGUGCUCCUCUGCCAUGAAUUCUGACUUUGAGAAGAAGAAAGCUAAUUUCCAGAGGCAGAGAACGGGAACGAUGAUGGGAGGCCAAUACUCAGAUAUGUUUGUGCUUCAUCUUCAAAUUACUUUCAUCUCUCGUUUUGAAGGCUGUGUCGGCUGGUGGUGUAGUUGUUUUGAAAACAGACAUAUACAGCAAAUGGGAAGCUGCAGUUAUGAUGGAUGGAUUUCUCAUAUUGGAAAGCUGAAAGAUUUUCUUCUGCAACACAGAAAGGAUUACAUUAAUGCUUACAGCCAUAUUAUGUCUGAGUAUGUGAGGAUGACAGAUACAGAGCGGGAUCAGAUUGAUCAAGAUGCUCAGAUAUUUAUGAGGACGUGUGCCGAUGCUAUUCAUCAGCUGAGAGCAGAAGCACACAAGGGUAUCCAGUCUGCUCAGGUAAAGGAGCACAGAACAGCUGUCUUGGACUUCAUUGAAGAUUAUUUAAAAAGAGUGUGUAAGCUGUAUUCUGAACAAAGAGCCAUCCGAGUUAAGCGAGUGAUAGAUAAGAAGAGACUGUCCAAACUUGAACCUGAGCAGAACAAUGUAUCCAAAUCACCUCUUCCCCCUGAAAAAUCUUCACAGAAUGCUUCAGAUGAUUCUGAAGAAAAACUUUCUGCUGAGGAAAGCGAAGACAAGGAUCUGCCUGAUGCCCAAAGUAACCUUGGAUUAUGGGGGGACAGCAAAGGUGAAGAUGAGCUGUCACCUGAAGAAAUACAAAUGUUUGAACAGGAGAACCAGAGACUUGUUGGUGAAAUGAAUAAUCUCUUUGAUGAAGUCAGACAAAUUGAAGGAAAAGUCGUGGAAAUCUCCAGAUUACAAGAGAUAUUCACUGAAAAAGUCUUGCAACAGGAAACUGAUAUUGACAAUAUCCAUCAGUUAGUUGUGGGUGCAACAGAGAAUAUCAAAGAAGGCAACGAAGACAUAAGAGAGGCCAUCAAAAACAAUGCUGGAUUUAGAGUAUGGAUCCUGUUCUUCCUUGUGAUGUGUUCAUUUUCCUUGCUUUUCCUGGACUGGUAUGAUAAUUAAUUAAAAAUAUAAUACUGUCUACAUGCUUUCUUUG